AUGGCCCAGGAACCCCCCGCCGAAAUGCGCCGCUGGCAGGUGCCCGGCCCGGGCGCCUUAAUCAAGGGCCUUACCCUCGCCACCGGCCCCGCGCCCGCCGCCUCCGCCCUCAAGCCGGACCAGGUGCUCGUCCGCGUCGUCGCCGCCGGCAUCAACCCGGUCGACUACAAGUUCUUGGAGCUCGGACUCGUCGCCAGGGCCUCAAUGACCUUCCCCUGGACGCCCGGUCUGGACUACUCCGGCCACGCCAUCGCCGUCGGCUCCGCCAUCGCCGACGUCAAGCCCGGUGACGCCGUCUUCGGCCGCAUCGACUUCGCUACCGCGCAGGGCACCCUGAGCGAGUACAUCAUUGCCGGCCGCGAAGGCGUCGCCGCUCUCCCCGGCGCCGCGGACGCCGACCUCGAGAAGGCCAGCGGCGUCGGCACGGCCGGCCUCACGGCCUACCAGACCAUCGUGCCCUACGCCAAGGCCGGCGACGAGGUCUUCAUCAACGGCAGCACCGGCGGCUGCGGCACCUAUGGCAUCCAGAUCGCAAAGGCCGUCGGCUGCCGCGUCACCGUCACGUGCUCCACGGCAAAGGUCGACCUGUGCCGCUCUCUCGGCGCCGACGACGUCAUCGACUACCGCACCGCCGACGUCGUCGCCGCCCUGCGCGCGCGCGGCCGCGUCUUCGCCCUCAUCGUCGACAACAUCGGCAACGCGCCGCGGAACCUGUACAAGGCGGCCGACGACCUCCUCCUGCCCGGCGGCCGCUACAAGCACGUCGGCGGCAACUUCCCCCUCACCCUCGUGCCCAGCCUGCUCCUGCCGGGCUUCCUCGGCGGCGCGAAGAACAAGUUCGAGCCCUUCGUCACCAAGAACUCGCACGACGACCUGGCGCAGAUGGCCGCGUGGAUGGCCGAGGGCAAGGUCCGGACCGUCGUCGACUCGACCUUUGAGUUUGAGGACGUUGUCAAGGCGUACGAGAAGCUCAAGGAGGGGUCCUCCACAGGCAAGAUUCUGGUGCGUGUCGCGAAGAAGGCCUGA